AUGUCUGCUUCAACCACACCCCCCGAGGCAUCAUACACCGCCAUGGACCGCGACGUCGAAGCCAUUGGCGCUCACUGCGAAUUCGCCUACUGCCACCAACUCGACUUCCUCCCCUUUCGGUGCGACUCGUGCCACCACACCUACUGUCUCGACCACCGCAGCGAGACGGCCCACCAGUGCCCGCGGGCUGGCGAAUGGGCCAAGAAUAGACGGCUGAACAGUGUUGGGAAGUCGUCGACGACGUCGACGACAACAUUCGCAGGAGGCGCCACCACCACCGCCAAACCAAACCUCGCCAACGCCACACAAUGCGCCGAGACGACGUGCAAGACCUUCGUCAACACGACCCAGAACCUGGGUGUGCACUGCCCCCAGUGUAACCGGACGUACUGCCUCAAGCACCGCUUCCGGGAAGACCACGACUGCAAGAACCUCACGCCGCUGGGCGCGCGGCCCCUCGACCUCGCCAUGCAGUCGAACAAGGAAAAGCUGCGCCUCGGCUUCGGCCGCCUCAAGACCUGGGGCAAGGAGCGGCAGGAGGCCCUGACGCCCAAGCCCAGCCCGUCGAGCAAGUCCGCCCAGAUCGCCGCGCUCAACGCCCUGAAACGCGCCGCCAAGGGCGACGACAAGCUCCCGCCCGAGAAGCGCGUCUACCUCCACGUCGAGGCCGAGGCCGCCUCGACCACCGCGAAGCUGCCCAAGGCCGACCUGUUCUUCUCCGCCGAGUGGUCCGUCGGCCGCAUGCUGGACGACGCCGCCAAGAGACUGCAGGUCGCCAACGUGAACAACCGGGUCGAGACCGAGGAGCAGAGACUGAGGGUGUACCACGUCGAAGGAGGACGGUUGUUGGAGUUUGGUGAAAAGAUCGGGACGUGUCUGGUCACUGGGAACACGGUCGUCCUGCUCAGAGGAGUCGGGCCCAAGGAAAAUGGGAAGUGA